AUGCCAAACUUGGAACAGAAAGAGAUUGCUGAUAACUUAAUAGAACGUCAAAAGCUUCCCUGGAAAAGCCUUAAUAAGGAUGAAAUUAAAGCGGCCUGGUAUAUAUCUUAUGGUGAAUGGGGACCUAGGAGACCCGUGCAUGGUAAAGGUGAUGUUGCGUUUAUAACUAAAGGGGUUUUUCUAGGGUUAGGAAUCUCGUUUGGCAUCUUUGCUUUGGUAAGAUUAUUAGCUAACCCUGAGACCGCAAAAACCAUGAACAGGGAAUGGCAAUUGAAAUCAGACGAAUAUUUGAAGUCCAAAAAUGCGAAUCCAUGGGGAGGUUAUUCUCAAGUUCAAUCUAAAUAA